AUGGGAUCUCAGAGUGCAGAGCAUAAAAUUCCUGUUAUUGAUUUUACCAAGAAAAAUUUGAAGCCUGGAACGGAUGAAUGGGUCUUGGCUUGCAAAGAAGUCCGAAAUGGCUUCGAAGAGUAUGGCUGUUUUGAAGCUGUCUACGACAAAAUUCCUGUAGACCUUCACAACUCAGUUUUUGCUGCAGCUGAAUCUCUAUUUGAUCUUCCAUUAGAAACUAAAAUGCAGAAAACCAGUGAAAGGCCUUACCAUAGCUAUUAUGGGCAGUUCUCCGUUGUCCCUCUCUAUGAAUCUUUGGGAGUUGAUAAUCCAACAACUUUGCAAGGAUCGCGAAAAUUUACAAACCUUAUGUGGCCUGCAGGGAACGAAAAUUUUCGUGAAACUACUCAGUCCAUGUCAAAGCUAUUGGUGGAACUGUAUGAAUUGGCAACAAGAAUGGUGUUCGAUAGCUAUGGCGUCCAGAGACUGCAUGGCUCCAACAUGGCAUUGACCUCAUACCUUCUUCGAUUCUUCAAGUACAGAACUCGUCAACCGAACGAAACCGAUGUAGGGUUGCAGUGUCACAAAGACAGGACCUUCAUGUCCAUAGUUAAUCAACAUCAAAUUGAAGGUCUUCAAGUCAAAUCCAAGGAUGGUCAAUGGAUUGACGUUAAACCUUCAGCGUCGUCUUUUCUAAUCAUUGCAGGCGACAUAGUUGGGGCUUGGAGUAAUGACAGAGUUCGUCCUUGUGAGCACCAAGUGAUUAUGAAAGAAAACAAGACAAGAUACUCCAUUGGAUUAUUUGCAUUCAUUAAUGGUGUGAUUGAUGUUCCUGAAGAUCUAGUUGAUGAGAAAUACCCCUUAAAGUAUAAACCAAUUGACCAUUUUGGGUGGCUCCGUUUCCAAGAACAAAGAAAAGCUCCGUAUCCCAUUAAGGUCUUUUCUGCUAUUUCAGAAUAA